UCCGUGCGGCCGGAGCACCCUGAGCCCCGCAGACAUGACCUCGCGCAGGUGGUUUCAUCCCAACCUCGGUGGGGUCGAGGCGGAGCAGCUGCUCCGGUCCAAGGGCCAGCACGGGAGCUUCCUGGCAAGACCCAGCAAGAGCCGCCCGGGCGGCUUCACGCUGUCCGUCAGGCGCCACGACGAGGUGACCCACAUCAAGAUCCAGAACACAGGCGACUACUACGAUCUGUAUGGAGGGGAGAAGUUCGCAACGCUGGCCGAGCUGGUGCAGCACUACACAGGCCAGCGCGGGGGGCUGCUCCGAGAGCGUGGCGGGGCCCCCGUGGAGCUCUGGCACCCGCUGGGCUGCCAGGACCCCACGUCGGAACGGUGGUACCACGGGCACCUGUCUGGCAAGGAGGCCGAGAAGCUGCUGAUGCAGAAGGGGUGUCCGGGCAGCUUCCUGGUUCGGGAGAGUCAGAGCAAACCUGGGGACUUCGUGCUGUCAGCGCUCACACAGCAGCUGGACAGGGCAGGCCGCCAGGCACGCGUCACCCAUGUCAUGAUCCACUUCCAGCCAGAUGGGAAGUACGAUGUGGGAGGUGGCGAGCGGUUUGACACCCUGGGAGAUCUGGUGGAAUGCUACAGGAAGAACCCUCUGGUGGAGAGGUCGGGGACCGUAGUGCACCUCCAGCAGCCCCUCAAGACCACGAGAGUCAGCGCCACAAGCAUUGAGAGGCGUGUGCGGGAGCUCAACGAGGCCAUGGAUGCCAGCGAGAAGGCCAAGCAGGGCUUCUGGGAGGAGUUCGAGAUGCUGCAGCAGCAGGAGUGCCGGCUCCUGUAUCCCCGGAAGGAGGGCCAGCGGCCAGAGAACAGGCCCAAGAACCGAUACAGGAACAUCCUUCCCUUUGAUACCACCCGUGUCAUCCUGCGUGAUGUAGAGGACAGCACGCCUGGAGCCGACUACAUCAAUGCCAACUACAUCAGGAGUGACCCAGAGGAGAAGCCAGGCCAUGGACCAGGCAAGGUGUACAUCGCCACCCAGGGCUGUCUGCCAACUACGGUGGCUGCCUUCUGGGCCAUGGUGCACCAGGAGAACACGCGUGUCAUCGUCAUGACCACCAGGGAGGUGGAGCGAGGCCGGAACAAGUGUUUCCGAUACUGGCCAGAGCUGCAUGGCAGCCAAGAGUAUGGCCGCCUGCGUGUGUGCGACGUUGCUGAGCACCAGGCCCAGGGCUAUUGUGUGAGGGAGCUGCAGGUGUGGCGGGCAGACCAGGAGGAGUCACCGCGCACAGUGAAGCACUGCCAAUACUUCGGCUGGCCGGACCACGGGGUGCCGGCCGAGCCCACCGGCGUCCUUGGCUUCCUGGACGAGGUGAACCGGGCCCAGAGCAGCAUGCCGGGGGCCGGACCCAUGGUAGUGCACUGCAGCGCCGGCAUCGGACGCACUGGCACAAUCAUUGUGAUUGACAUCCUGGUGGACGUCAUUCGCAGGCAGGGGCUGGGCUGCGACAUCGACGUCCCCAAGACGAUCCAGCAUGUGCGGCGGCAGCGCUCGGGGAUGGUGCAGACCGAGGCGCAGUACAAGUUCGUGUACCUGGCGCUGCAGCGCGCGAGCCGCCCGAGGAGCGCGACUCCCUGAAGGUGGGAACCUCGCCCGCCGACCCCGGCUGUAGCCCCGGACCCGCGCCGUCCCGGGCGCCGGCGGCCACCCCGGAGGCCUCCGGCCACGUGUACGAGAACCUGCUGCCAUUCGGGCCGUGAGGGCCCCGAGUGCGCGCGCCCCGAGUGGGGCUGGAGCCGUGCGAGAAGGCGGGAGCCCAGCAAGGCCGGCCCUCGCGUUCCUCCAAAGGACUGUGUUUAGGACUGUGCAGACCGGCGCCCAGCCCGGAGCGUUGCGGGGUUGGGGGGCGGGGGUCCCGGGUCUGCCCCUCAGACCCUCCCUGACCAGGUCUGCACGUCCAGAAAUGGUGAGGGAAGGUCAGGAGGUCCGGUGUCCCUGCCUUUCCUGGAGGAGGGGAGGCAGGGCUGCAGGGCUGCGGUUUGUCUCAGUGUGGGAGGCCACCAGUGACCACCUGCACGGCGCAGUGACUAUGUGUGACCUUGUGUGUGCCACGUGUUUGAGUGUCAGCCUGUAUGUGGGACACGAGUGACCAGCAAGUGAGUGCCUGUCUGUGGUCACCAGCGUUUGUGCCCCUCUCCCCUGCAUCCUGCAUGCCCCCCACCCCUUCAGAGCUGCUUCUCAGCCCUGCCCACAGCCGUGGUCUAGGAUGUGGCCCAGGCAGUGGCUCAGUCCCUGCCGUGUCCAGGCCUAGCCCAGACCGUCACAUUGCGGUCGCGUGUGGACAAAUGUUUGUUGAAUGAGAGAAUAUGUGACAUGCUCGUGUGACCACGGUGAUGAGGGCAAGGCUCCGUAUGUGCCUGACUGGUCUGUGAUGGUGUGAUGUCACUGGCCUGUGGUCCACGCUUGCACCCUCCCAUCACGGAUGUCCCUGUGGCUUUGUGGUA